AUGUCUUUCAGAGACUUACAAAAUUUCACAGAAAUGAUGAGAGCAUUGGGCUUUCCUCGGUUGAUAUCUGUGGAAAACUUCAGAACGCCCAACUUUACACUAGUGGCAGAAAUCCUCAUAUGGCUUGUCAAAUGUUAUGAACCGCAGAUGGAAAUUCCAAUUGACAUGAAUGCAGAAUCAGACAGAAUAUUCCUCAUCAAGACAGUGGCUCAGUUCAUGGCAACUAAAGCUCAAAUCAAAAUGAACACCAAGCGUCUUUACCAGGCUGACGGUUAUGCAGUUAAAGAGAUGUUAAAGAUCACUUCGGUGCUGUACAAUGCAAUGAAGACAAAGCAGAUGGCCCUGGGGGAAAGAAUGGAGGAGGACAACACAAAGUUCAAGUUUGAGCUGGGCACUAGAAUUUCAGAUUUGAAAGCAGCUCGGCAGCUGGCAUCAGAGGCCACGUCAAAAGGAGCGUCUUUGUAUGAUUUGUUAGGAAAGGAGGUGGACCUAAGGAAAUUGAGAACUGCUGCCAUUGCAAGACCUCUGGAAAUAAGUGAGACAGAAAAGGCCUUGAGACAUACCAUCAAGGAGGUCUUGGAAAAUGUGGAGAAAACCAAAGUCAUGAUGAAGAAUGUUGUAUCUGACGUUGCUAAUCUGGAUGGCAAGAAAGUAAAGAAACAAUGGCAGUUGGACAUGAAUCAGAAGAGACUCCAAACACUGCAAAGUGUCAGGCCAUUGUUUAUGGAUGAAUAUGAGAAGAUUGAGGAGAAGCUGGAGGAGCAAUAUAAGUUGCAAGUGGAAAACUUUGCAAACUUCUACUUCCUUGAGUGGCAGCAAGAAAAACAAAUCAGACAGGAGAAGAUGUUUGAGGAGGAAAACAAUCGAAAGAGUGUGAUGCAGCAACUUAAUGAGAAUAAUGGAGAUUCCAUGAGUUCAAUUAAUGACAGCGACACACUUGAAGAUAAAGGCCUUGAUGGAGAUGUUAGUGAUUGUCACAGUUUGAACCCAGGGCUCCCUCUAAACGACAUUGUGGCAGGAACAGCCAUUGUAAACAUGAUGGGUGGUGAAAGUGAUGAGUCAGAUGACAGUGAGAGAGAUGAAGACGAUGAAGAUGAGGGCCUGGAAGCAGAUGCCUUUUUUGGGGUCCCAGAUGCAAGGAAGUCCUGCUGUUCCAAAAGAGGCAUGAAAAGCCAUCUGUUGGAUAAGAGUGAUGAUGACUUUUGA